AUGAAUACGUUCGAGGAGCAGUUGAAGCUGUACCGGAAGUCGCUUGGACACCUUCUUUCUGGGUUUCCCUACAGCCUUGUGAUGGAAAUCACCGCCUCAGAGCCCAGAGACGUACUACAGCUGGAAAGAACAUGUCUUACGUUCAUCCGAUUUGCAUGUUCGUUGGUGUUUUCGGCGUUGGGAAUGGUGUUGAACUUCAAACUCAACACUUCAGGCAAACCCACGAAGCCACACCAACCCCGGAAGGGGUUCAACAGAACAGCCUACACCACAGCAGCUGCAUUCGUGCUUGUGGUUUUGGCAUUUGCUGUGCUAAUUUUGAGUGGAAUCAAUUAUUUGAUAACUAUUCAGAGAUAUGCUUCUCACAAGAUCGAGACUUACAAUUAUAAUAAUAUGAGCACGGUGGUGUGCAUGACUUGUGUGUUUGUCACGUUGAUAGCUAUCAACGUGAGCUUAAUCGUGGACGGGUAUAUCCUGGAAAGCUAG